AUGCAAUUCCAUAACUCUCUCUCUCGUCUUUCCACCUUCCUUCUGUUCUUCCUUUCCUCGCUUGCUUUGCUUGCGUGUGCAUCGCCUAUUGCUGCACCAGCACAGGCAGUCGCGCUUCCUGAGCACGCACUCGUUCCUCGCGGUACAUGCCUUGUUUGCAAUACCGGAACCAAGGCCGAGGAAAUCCUUGUCAAGCUCAAGGCCGAUAUUGAUGUUCAGCUUGUUUUGUUGGACAAGUGCCUCGAGACUGGUGAAAAGCCCGAUGGCAUUAUCAUCAAGAUCGAGGCUCUGAUUAAUGUUGCCGUUGCUGCGAUCGUUAAGCUCGACGUCGACCUCCUCGGACUCCUCAACGGCAAGAUUACCAUCAUCGUGAACCUGUUGGUCACCAUUCUUAUCUCUGUUGCUACUCAUUGUGGCAAGUGGGCUACCAAGGGCGCUGCUGAGUUCGAAGUAUUCUUGCAACUUUGUGUCAAGCUCGAUGUUGCUCUCAAAGCAUUGCUCUCUACUUGCAACGGAUUGGGGGCUGUGCUUUUGCUUUUGAUCAAGGUGUUGGUCAAUGUCAGUGUCUUGCUCACGGUCAAGUUCAACUUGUGCAUUGGCCUUCUUGGCCUCUGA